AUGGAUCCGAACAAACCACAAUCGUACUUUAUUCAUCCUGCGGCUUACGACCCAGCUGCACUCGCCGGUGCUAAGCUACAGGUAAUGACUAAUUCGCCGUUGGCAGUUGUCGCUGCCGUACAAAAAGCUCAGCAACAGCACGUUGCCGCAACGCUUGCGAACGCGUUAGCGCCGCAGUCGGUGAACGUCGUUGAUAUUGCUGCCCUGACUGAAUUAGCGCAUCGGGAAUACCAAGCCGGUGAUUACGUUAAUGCCGAACAGCAUUGUAACGCAAUAUGGCGUGCUGAUCAAAAUAACGUUUCUGUUUUAUUGUUACUCUCAUCAAUUCAUUUUCAAUUGAAAAAUCUCGAGAAAUCAAUGCAGUUCUCAUCGAUGGCCAUAAAAGCGAAUCCGAAUUGCGCAGAAGCUUACAGUAAUUUAGGAAAUGUUUAUAAGGAACGUAAUCAGUUAGCUGAAGCGUUAGAGAAUUAUCGAAUGGCGGUGAGAUUGAAACCGGAUUUCAUUGAUGGAUACAUUAACUUAGCUGCUGCACUCGUUGCGGCUGGUGAUCUCGAGCAGGCCGUUAGUGCCUAUCUAUCUGCAUUGCAGUACAAUCCGGAUUUAUAUUGUGUAAGAAGCGAUCUUGGAAAUUUGUUGAAAGCGAUGGGUCGAUUGGAAGAAGCAAAGGUGUGCUAUUUGAAAGCAAUCGAAACUCAACCACAAUUCGCAGUGGCAUGGUCGAAUUUGGGUUGUGUAUUCAACGCACAAGGUGAAAUAUGGCUGGCGAUUCAUCACUUCGAGAAAGCCGUUCAGUUAGAUCCGAAUUUCUUGGAUGCUUACAUCAAUCUGGGAAAUGUUCUGAAAGAGGCGCGGAUCUUUGAUAGGGCUGUUGCUGCGUAUCUUCGUGCGCUGAAUUUGGCUGGCAAUCAUGCGGUCGUACAUGGCAAUCUUGCUUGUGUUUAUUUCGAGCAAGGAUUAAUCGAUCUAGCCAUCGAUAUGUAUCGUAAGGCAAUUGAAUUACAACCAAAUUUCCCGGAUGCGUACUGUAAUCUAGCGAAUGCGCUCAAAGAGAAGGGACUCGUUGAAGAAGCUGAAAAAGCUUACAAUACUGCCCUUUCGUUAUGUCCAACGCAUGCUGAUUCCCAAAAUAAUUUAGCGAACAUAAAACGUGAACAAGGAAAAAUUGAAGAAGCUACAAGACUUUAUUUGAAAGCAUUGGAGGUCUAUCCAGAAUUUGCUGCGGCACACAGCAAUUUAGCGACAAUCUUACAGCAGCAAGGCAAAUUGCAAGAUGCAGUGAAUCAUUUCAAAGAAGCAAUUCGUAUAGCACCGACUUUUGCGGAUGCCUACUCGAAUAUGGGCAAUACACUGAAGGAAAUGGGUGAUAUUAACGGUGCUAUACAGUGCUAUACACGUGCCAUUCAAAUCAAUCCCGGUUUUGCUGAUGCACACAGCAAUCUUGCUGCCAUUCAUAAGGAUUCUGGUAAUAUACCGGAAGCGAUCCAAAGCUAUACGGCCGCACUCAAAUUGAAACCGGAUUAUCCGGAUGCAUUCUGCAAUUUGGCGCAUUGCUUACAGAUAAUUUGUGAAUGGACCGAUUAUGAUAAUCGAAUGAAGAAAUUAGUGGCAAUCGUAACUGAGCAAUUGGAAAAGAAACGUGUUCCAUCAGUACAUCCGCAUCAUUCGAUGCUUUAUCCGCUCACACACGCACAACGCAUGGCCAUUGCUGCUAAGCACGCUCAGUUGUGUAUCGAAAAGAUUGGUUAUGUGUCCUCUGAUUUCGGAAAUCAUCCCACUAGUCAUCUGAUGCAAUCGAUUCCUGGAAUGCAUAAUCGAGAAAACGUUGAGGUGUAUUGUUAUGCACUCUCUGCAAAUGAUGGCACGAAUUUCCGUCAAAAAUUGGUUAACGAAUCUGAACAUUUUGUUGAUCUAUCACAGGUUACAAAUAACGAUAAAGCAGCCGAUAGAAUUCACGAUGAUGGAAUUCAUAUAUUGAUCAACAUGAAUGGUUACACGAAAGGAGCUCGUAAUGAAAUUUUCGCUUUAAGACCUGCGCCAAUUCAGGUAAUGUGGCUCGGAUACCCAGGCACGUCGGGUGCACCUUUUAUGGAUUAUAUCAUAACGGAUGCGAUAACAUCACCUCUUGAGUUGGCUUAUGCAUACAGUGAGAAACUAGCGUAUAUGCCGCAUACAUUCUUCAUUGGUGAUCACGCACAAAUGCUCAAGCAUCUCACUGAACGAGUCAUUCUUAAGGAGAAAAAUGAUACAAGUCCAAUGAAUAAAGACACAGUAACUGUUGUCAAUUCAGUCAAUCUGGAACCACUGCUGUCAAAAGCCGACGUGAAAGUGAAGCCAUACGUGCGUGAGGCAGAAGUGUCGCACGGCCCAGAUCGUGAUAUGAUAAAAACCGAAGUUAUAUUACCGGUAAUUGAAGUGCCAACCACCGAGCCACUCAAGCAAAUGAUUGGUUCUGGUAUGAUCGCUGGCAAUGUUGAAGGUGUUCCAGUUCAGAAUGGUCUUACAACACUCAAUCAGACCCAUGUGAAAGCAGCGACUGGUGAAGAAGUACCGCAUACGAUUCUGGUAACCUCACGACAACAGUAUGGCUUACCUGAAGACGCUAUCGUCUAUUGCAAUUUCAAUCAGUUGUACAAAAUCGAUCCACCAACUCUCACAAUGUGGUGUGAUAUCCUUAAAGCGGUACCAAAAAGUAUUUUAUGGCUGUUACGAUUUCCGUUCCACGGUGAAGCGAACGUUUCGCGAUUUUGUGCCGAACACGGAAUCGAUUCACGUCGAAUUGUAUUCUCGAACGUCGCUGCCAAAGAAGAGCAUGUGAGACGAGGCCAGUUGGCCGAUGUUUGCCUUGAUACACCACUCUGUAACGGUCACACCACUGGUAUGGACAUCUUAUGGACUGGCACACCCAUGAUCACUAUGCCACUAGAAACGCUUGCAUCUCGUGUAGCAUCAAGUCAGCUGGUAGCGCUCGGAGUGCCCGAAUUAGUGGCUAAGGAUCGCGAGGAUUAUGUUAACAUUGCGAUUCGCCUUGGAAAUGAUCGUGAUUAG